AAUUCGUUACGUUCCGGGACAAGCUUGGCUGGGGGUGGGGUCAGGCAUCAGGACGACGCGACGCGAUGACAGAAGUUUGCGUGUAGCGGAUUAAGUGAUCUUGUACCGAAAAUGCAAGGCGCGAUCCUCGCGUGGUGAUCGGUAGUGAAUGUUCUAUUUCAAUUGUUUUUCUGUUGAAACAACGGCUGUGUAAUCUAACUUGUGAAGAUUGACCCCGUAACCCAGAAUCCAUAACAAUUCGAUCGUGUGUUGUGAUUCAAAAAAGAUCGUACAUUAACGACGAUCGCGUAAAGCAAUGACAGAAUGGCGCUUAGAGUGACGCGAAAAUGUUUUGUCUAUUCGACGCUGGCAGUGAUCGUUGGAGCUGCGGUGAUUGCGACAGUUCUAGUGCUGCUUCUGCGGGACGACGAAGAGAUCAUGAAGAGCUACAAGUUUGGGGGCAGCGAUCUGGUGAUACAACUGCAGGAACAACCCGACCAUCGAUAUGUGCUCAGUUUGAUCAGAGAUGGUGCCAUAAUCCAACGCGUCACUCUGGACCACGACUUCACCGAUGAUUCCGAGCUAGAAUCCAUCCCUCGAGGGCUCCUCCUGGAGGGCAAUGGACAACGGAUCGAAGUCAAAGACAUCGAGGACACGCCCGAUUUUUCAAUGAUCAGCAUCACGCGUACGCUUCGCAAAGAUCAGAUCAUAUCCGACAUUGUUCAUACGGGUGGAAACGCAAAAGACCACCCAGUUCAGUGGUACGGAGGUCCCGAGCAGAUGGAACAGUUCUAUCCAGUGCAGAGGUUGCGCUUCGAAGACUAUGCAUACGUGCCCAAAGAGCUGCAUAGUGCAGCGAUCGUAGAACGAUACUGGAUCAACUCUGCUGGGGUAUUUUUCUACGUGGAGAAAGAAGUUCCGCUGUUCAUCGAUCAGGAUGAAGAAACGCUGCGAUUGACGGCUAAGAAAGAACUUCCUUACUAUACAUACGAUGACACGUUCGUGUUCAACUACAGGAUCGGAGUGGCGAAGAACGUGAAGGAAGCGCACCUGAAGGCGGUCGAUAAAAUCCUAAACAAACCGGUAGACAUUCCCGAUGAACGGAUGGUUCGACAUCCCAUUUGGUCAACGUGGGUACGCUAUAGGAGACCGAUAAGUCAACAAACUGUCCUGGACUUCGCAAAGGAAAUCAACGACUAUGGAUUCAAGAACGCACAGCUGGAUAUCGAUGACUACUGGGAGAACUGCUACGGGUCAUUGAUCUUCAACUCCAUAACGUUUCCGAAUGUUACCGAGUUGACGGAACAGCUGAAAGAAAUGGGGUUCCGAGUCACGCUAUGGGUUCAUCCGUUUAUCAACAAGAACUGCCAACCGUGGUAUACCGAAGCUAUGACCAAAGGAUUUUUCGUUAAGUCUCAUAAUGAGACCGUCGGGUACAAGACCAAAUGGUGGAACAGCGAGGAGAACGAAGCGUCGUACAUCAACUUCAACAACCCAGCUGCGGUAGACUGGUUCCGACAGCGGCUCCUGGAGUUGCGCGACCAAGGCAUCGACAGUUUCAAGUUCGAUGCCGGCGAAACGAGUUGGGCGCCAAUGGAUCCCGAUGUGGAAGGCCCGAAAGCACUGCUGCCGGCCAGUAUGACGACGAGUUUCGUUCGAAUGUGUGCCGAGUUCGGGCCGAUGAUCGAGAUUCGCACCGGGUGGGCCACGCAGGAUCUGCCGGUGUUCGUAAGGAUGCUCGAUUUCGAUACCCGUUGGGGCAGGAACAAUGGGUUGCAGUCGUUGAUUCCAACGUUGCUGCAGAUGAACUUGAACGGGUACCCGUUCGUGCUGCCGGACAUGAUCGGUGGGAACAUGUACGGUAACGAUAUCCUCACGAAGGAGUUGUUUAUACGGUGGCUCCAGGCGACCACAUUUAUGCCGAGUAUGCAGUUCUCCAAGGCCCCGUGGGAUAUUGACUUGGAGACAGUAUCAAUUGCCAAACGGUACACUAUGCUGCAUGAAGAAUUCUCCGAUUACAUUUUGCAACGCAUGCGCCUAACGGUUGCCGAAGGAAUUCCCGUGAAUCCUCCCAUCUGGUGGCUUGAUCCGGACGAUGAAGAAGCCCUGAAGAUCGACGACGAAUUCCUUCUCGGCGAGGACAUUCUGGUGGCACCGGUUUUGACGGAGUUUGCCACCAGGCGGGACGUGUACCUGCCCAAAGGGACGUGGCGGGACGGAAACUCAACACAGGUGUACGAAGGCGGUCGGUGGUUGCGCGAUUACCGGGCACCGAUAGACACGUUGCCAUACUUUGUCAAGACUACGUUCCAAAUGCGAUAGGAGGAGAAGUGCAGACAGGGAAGAUCACUUCCUAUGCGAUCGCCUGCGUUGUACAUAGUCGGUAUUCGAAGGGAUUUCGAAGAUCGUGUGGAAUGAUAGAUUAAAGCUACAUACCUUUUGUUAACUGAUUGAUGAUAACAUUUUUUAUUAGAUGUUAGACUUUCGUUCAAUCUUUUGCACUAAUCCUUUACCGAUGAUUUCGAAGUCCCGUAUCAGAGCUUCCUUGUUUAAUUUAAGGGUUUCUGCUUUAGUUAGUAUACGACCACUUACGUUACUAGUCUGUAAAUACAAAAAGUCGAAAAUAAAGCUAGUCAAUACAA